AUAUGCCUUAUUAAAGUAUUCCUCAAACCUGCGCAUGCUUGCAAAUGUAAACUUCCGACAGCGUGCAGGCGCUACAUUGUAUUAUAGUGAAACUGUUUUUUCGAAGGCAGUCGUAGUUCAGAUAAUGGCAGAUUAUUGGAAAUCUCAACCAAAGAAGUUUUGUGAAUUUUGCAAAUGUUGGAUUGCAGACAAUAAACCAAGUGUUGAAUUUCACGAGAAAGGCAAAAGGCAUAGGGAGAAUGUACAGAAAAAAAUUGAUGAGAUGCGAAAGAGGAGUGCAGAAAAAGCAAAGGAGCAGGAAGAACUGGAUGAAGGAAUGGCACAAAUGGAAAAAGCAGCAUUAGAGGCCUUCAAGAAGGACCUUGCAAAUGACAGUUCCCUUGCAGAACAGUAUGGAGUUAAAUUAAAAUCUACAGAGGAAAAAGGAAAAACAGAAGACUCUACAAAGGGGUCUUCUAAAACAGAAGACUCUACAAAGGGAUCUUCUAAAGGGGAAUUAGACAACACUAAAACAACUAUAGUACCAGCCAAAGGGAGGGAGUGGUUUGAAGCCAAGUCGCCAGAAGGAUAUUCAUAUUAUUGGAAUGUCAGCACAAAUGAAACUAAAUGGGAACCCCCAGACGACUAUGUUUCACUAGCUGAGCAAGAGGAGCAGAUAACAACAGAUGACUCAUUAGAUAACUCAGAAAAGGAUCAAAGCUCUGAGGAAUGCAGCAAAGAAUCUCCACAAGAAUUAGAAGAUGGUGACUCCUGUGAACCUCCACAGAAAACACUACGUGUGGAUAUUGGGUCCAGAUCAGCAUACGGUGCAUGGGAGACUGUUGAAAAAGAACCGUUGCCAGAACUUGAGUUACCUGGUGAAGAAUUGCCAGGGGAAGAAUUACCAGUUGAAGAAUUACCUGUUGAAGAUAUUCCUCUUCCUGGAGAGAUUCCUGAUCUUGUUGAAAAGCCAGCAACAAAAAUAGAUAAAUUUAAAGAAAAAGUGGUGCCUUCUCUUGGAGGUACAUCAGAUGGAGCAGUUGAAUUUAAAAAACGUAAAAUAACCUCUGGUGCUCGAAAUAUGAGGCAGAGAGAUGAUGAUUAAUGUAGCCAGUGUUAGCAAAACAACACCAUUUUGUUGAUGGGUAAAGGAAAGAAAUGCAGGUGUGUUAAAACUGUGUGAUCACAAUAAGAAUGCUGCUCAGCAUGUUCACUGAGCUGAAGGUUG